UACACAGAGAAACCCUGUCCCAAAAAAAAACCAAAAAAAAAAAAGGCAUAAAAUGUUUUGAAUCAUAAAUGGGGAUAUGUGAAAGAUCUCGAAGCCAGAGUCAUUGAGGAGCCAGGAAUUGUUAAGUAACCUUCCCUCUUUGGAGAUAAUUUUAGUUUCCUGUGAGAGAAUGAAGGCGAUCAGUAUAUUAUUAGAUUCACCGUUUCUGUCAGUGAUACUGUCCUACAAGACUAUAGUUGAGCAUUGCAACCAGAACACUAAUGUUGAUUCAGUCAAGACAGAGAACCCUUCUGUAUGGAUCCUCUCGAAGCCAGUAGUGUUUGGAUUUGUUUCCUUUAUGCCUCCAGAACUGUCACUUUAAGUACUUUGUAUCAGCAGACCAGCUUAAGCUUGCUUUUCUGGCCUUGAAGGUUAAGUCCUUUUAGUAAGAAUGCGCCAGUGAGUCCAAUGGGUAACACACAGGCACACCACAGUAAAUGGAUGCAGUCAGUAAAAGGCCAGUGCCAUUCAGACAGACCCCGAGGCCACGGCCCUGCUAGGACUUCUCUUGAGUUAGCUGCCUCAUGGUCGGGUUGUUUCCUUCUAGACCUAACAAGCCAUGGUUAUCUCGGGUCUCAGCCAUGGAUGCGUUUAGCCCUUGUAGAAGAGCGAGUCCUUUUGUUAUCAAGCCAUUAAACCCACAGUCCAUCACUUCCCAUGGGUGGAUGAACUCCCAAAGUCUUGACCAUAUGCCGCGGAAUCUACACACAGGUAGCACGGCUUCUCUUGCUGCCAGGAUGAUCCUCACACCUGCGCUGUAACUCUCGUUCCCCUGUGGCCUUCCAGCCAGGAGUGUGGUCCUCAGACCUGCCUUCUCAGCAGAGUGCCCUGGGGGGAAAGAACCAGCAGGCUCCUGGAAACAUGCUGAGAACACCCAGAGCUUCCCCACGCCUCGAAAGCUGUGCCCUGCUGCCCGGGAGCUUGCUUCAGUAGCCUUCAUUCCCUGCCCACCAUGGCAACCACCAAUAGCAGUGUGGGCAUCCGUUGGUCCAGACAGGAGACACGAACUCUUCUCUCCAUCCUAGGUGAGGCAGAGUACAUCCAGCGCCUCCAGACUAGGCAUCACAAUGCAGAUGUCUAUCAGGCCGUGUCUAGGCGAAUGCAGCAGGAGGGCUUCCGCCGCACUGAACGCCAGUGCCGCUCCAAGUUUAAAGUUCUGAAGGCAUUGUAUUUAAAGGCCUACGUUGCCCAUGCCACAAGUAUGGGGGAUCCACCGCACUGCCCAUUUUAUGAUACGUUGGAUCAUCUUCUUCGAAACCAGAUAGUGACUGACCCAGACAACUUAAUGGAGGCUGCUGCUUGGGCCAAGCACUGUGAUCAGAAUUUGGUAGCCUCUGACAAGCCAGGGCAAGAGGGCACCAGCAUUCGGGAAACGAAAAGGAUACAGGCAGCUUGUCAUCAGCAUAUUUUGCAAACAGUUAAGGAAUCAAAUGAGGAUUAUCACCUAAGAAUCAGUGACCAGACACAAGAAGCCACAAGUGACCUUGAGGGCUCCUGGGAUGACUCCUUGGGUGCAGGGUGCUCUCAAGGGACCCCCAGCUACAGCAGCUCCCACCACCUUUUCAGAGGUGCAGUUGCCCCCUGUCAAAGCAACCCCAUGACCAGACUGGGUGUGUCGAGGGAGUGGAGUCCCUGCACCAGCACCAGCCGCAACCCUCCUGGGGCAGCCUCCACACCACAGCCUCCAGGCUCUUCCUCAAGGGUUGCUUUUCUCUCUGGUGGGGAUAGACCUCUGACCAGGGAGCCCUCUCCAAGGUGGGCCAGGCGAAGAAGGCGCUCAGUGGCCAGGACCAUUGCAGCUGAGUUGGCAGAAAACAGGAGGUUGGCGAGAGAACUCUCCAAGAUAGAGGAAGCGAAGCUGGACAGGUUGAUUGCUAUUGGUGAGGAGGCCAGUGCCCAGCAAGACACUGCCAAUGAGCUGCGCAGGGAUGCUGUCGUCGCAGUCAGACGCUUGGCCACAGCAGUGGAAGAAGCAACUGGGGCUUUCCAGCUAGGGCUUGAGAAGUUGCUUCAGAGGUUGAUUUCAAAUACCAAAAGCUAGGAACUGAUUGAAUGGACACCUUUCCCAAACUGGUACAAGUCUGUUUCUAACAACCACCUUCUGGAACCCUGGCUCCUUUCUGUGUCUUCAGACAAAAGGAGCAGAUGAACUGUUAAUACGCAGAGGAGUAGUGAGUCCUUUUUCCUAAGAUUCUCCACUAAUGGAAAGGCCCUUGAGGAAUGAGAGAGUGGCCUGGUAGAAACCAGAAGGAAUCAAAUCCAAGGGCUAGUUUGUUCUAGCUUCCUCACGGUGUGGGGCAAUUUUCUUUACCUCUACCAUGGUCUCAUCUGUCAAGGCAGAUCAGUAGUCAUCCCUGCCCUGCCUACCUCACAGGGUUGUUGUGAGGAUCAAGUAGUUUAUAGAUGUGAAAAGGUUUGAAAGCACUGUAUAAUGUAAGUUAUUAAUGCAUUUGCCCUUGGCUAAGGGGAGUGGGGUAAGCACAUUCGUUUACAGCAUACACAGGUAUAGCAGUGUCCUGUGACCUCAUUGCUUGAGUCUGUAUCUGUUUAAUUUGUUGGCCUCUUAGAUAGAGGUCUCAACUUCUUACAUCUCUCUGUGGCUCGCUAGUCUAGGCACAAUUGCAUUUGUGUCUUUGUCUCUUACAUUUUCACUGCUGUAUCCCUGACCUACCUACUAGCAAGCACCCCUUAGUCCAACCAGCUUUCUCUCUUUCAUUUUACUAGUUCCUGGUCUCUAGAGAUGAGCUUCUAUUUGAGCACUGUGGGAGGUAAUUGUCUCAUAUUGAUAGAUUUUGAUGAGGUAAAAUAGUGACUUUUAUGAAGUAGAAAAUGUAAGUAAAUUCUUUGCAUUUAGUAUUAUCUGAGGCUCUUUAAAUGCAUAAAUUGUGUGUUUACAUUGUGGUUGCCAUUUGAACAUGGAAAUAAUUUGGAUUAAUGCAUUUGCAUCAAUCCAUUUCCAAUAGCUUGUGGCUGAUUGACUUUGCUUCUGUUAGUGCGUGUUUUGUUUGGGCCCUACCAUGUAAUUGAGGGCAAGCCUAGAUUCAGAGGAACUUUUUUCCAAGUGACGUAACCAAGAGUUGGUAGGGUUAGUGCCUGAGGUGAUAGAGAGCAGCUCCCUUUGCUCUUCAGCCUGGAGAAUGCUGGAAGUGGUAAAGACCUCUGCCCACAGAUAGCUCUCUUUAAGCUCACGCCCCGAGCAAGUACACUCCCUGACCCAGGCACGUGUCCUGGAGAGGAGGUGGUGACAGUAAACCCAGCCCUGCGAGGUUGUUGGCCUUCACUGAACUGGUUCUGACUGAGUCUUGUAAAACUCUAGAAUCACAGAUAAGACUCUUGCGGAUUUAAAUGCCACUCAGAAGCCGGGGAGAAAAUGAACAGGUGUUGGGAGAGCUUUGGGAUUUUGGAGUAGGGCGGGGGAGUGUCACAUUGUAGUCAGGGGCUUAGUGGAAGCUGGACAUUUGAAUUAGUAAAGGAAAGGACAAAAACAAAACAAAAAAAUGGUGGGACCUCAUGGAACCAGGAGUGGGUGGCAAAGAGCAAGCUGUAGAGUGAGUGCUGGCUGCCUGAGCAGCGUGGUGUUGUGGAGUUCCGUGGUGUUGUGAAGUUCCGCUGGAAUCUGGCUAGACCGCCCAACUCCAGCCCCCACCCGCCACAGCUGCUGGCACUGGGGGCAACACUUACCCUUUCUGUGCCUCGAUUUCUUUUAUCUCCAAGUUGAGGAAUGUCUACUACAUUUUUAUAGUAUCUUUCAGUUCUAGAAUUUUAAAUAAUAUGGUAAAGGUAAAAAUGAGGUGAGCUAUUUAUAGUAUUUUCAGGCAGUGGCUGUUAAUGUACGUUUGAAAUACUGUUUAUGGCUGUAUUUAAAGGCACCCUCUAUAGUGUGGACAUUUAUCACUAUGCUGGUGAGAGCUCUAAGUAUUGUACUGGAUGGACACCCACUGAUGCCUUUCUUUCCUUGAAGUGGAUAUAUAAGUGUGUGUUUUCUUUUGUUUGAGACCAUGAUAUAGAAAGUGCAUAUCUGUUGUAACCAAAUAAAGCUAAUGUAGACCAUAGUAUUCUGGAAACAACAGAAAAGUAUUUAACUACCUAGUAAGGAUCUAAUGGUGGCAGUGUGUGGUUGGACAUCUACCUGACGUGGGAGACAGGCUGGAGCAGAGAUGGGGUUAAAGUUGAGGUAUCUUGGAAACCCUGAUAGGCAGAGUAAACAAAAUAAGGAAAUAAAUCUCAAGGUCCUGAAGAGCUGUUAGGAAAACAUGCAAAGUGGUAGAGGAGACUGCACGGUGCAGGCCAUGUGCAGGAAGGCAGGCUGGAGUCCUGCCUGAGCUUUAGCCCUAACCCAGUACCUCCUCCAUCAAGCUACCUCCUCCAUCAAGCUACCUCCUCCAUCAAGCUGCCUCCUCCAUCAAGCUGCCUCCUCCCUUUCACCAUUCUGUAACUCAGGUUCUUCCUUGAAAUGGAACCUAACGAUUGCCCGUCCUACCUACCUCACAGGGGUGUUGUGAGGACCAGUGCACAGAUGAACGGAUGUUCAGUUAGAUUUGUAGACACUGGGGUGUACCAGGAGUGGGGAAGGAGAACCCGCAGCAUGGGAGCACAGGUGUUGCCAAACCCAGGGCCACCGUAAGAGAUACUUGAGGAUAAGGUGGGCAUGCAUUGCUGGGAUGCUGGUAAGAGCUUGUGGUGCAAUGGGAGCCUAGACUCCUCCUGCAGGGCAUGGUGUGAACCAGGUGCUGUGUAGACCAGCCGCCCAUCUUUGUCAUGUAACUUAAUCCUGCUGUAGACAAAUAAAAGUUUUGACUGGUGUGGAGUUGUGGGUUUGUGUACUUCUUUCUCAUGGUAACUGAUCCUUUGUCACUUCCAUCCUGCUUCCUCUGUGUCUACCUGUGCUAGUUAUGUAUGUUACCCCACACACACACACACACACACACCGCCUACGUGUGCAUCCUAUACCCAGAUGAAGAAGCCCUCUCUGCAUGACAGCUAAGAAAUGAAUUUCUAAAAUUCAAUCAAUUCCAGAAAAUACCUUUCUUGAAAAUAACCCUAUGUUAUCAGUUAAUAACUUACACUCUCUACAGUCAGUAGAUAUUCCAGGCCAGUUAAAUUCUGUUCUGAACACAUGAGAAUUAUGUGGAAC